CACACACCUCUUGAUUGGCUCCUUGGCUCUCUAGUUGCCUGCAAUAGCACCACUAGCAGCAGCAGCGACCGCGAGAGGGCGGCUGCAGUUGGACCGCCGGCGAGGGAGCUGCCAUCAUCAUGCAAGGGGACCUGGCGGAGAAGAGGGGGAAGGUGAAGAAGGGGUGGCUGGCUGUGCGCGUCGGCCAGGCGCAGGCGGAGCAGCAGGGCGACGGGUUCCGGCGGUUCGUCAUCCCCAUCGCCUACCUCUACCACCCGCUGUUCCAGCGCCUGCUGGAGGCGGCCGGGGACACGUACGGCUACAGCUCGGCCGGCCCGCUCUGGCUGCCCUGCUCCGUCGACGAGUUCCUCCGCCUGCGCGCGCUCGUCGACCGGGAGACGGCGCACUCGCACUCCUCCUCCUCCUCGCACCGCGUACACGCCGGCGGCUACCAGCAGCAAGCCUACUCGUUCGCCCCGUGCACCCGCGUAAAACUCACGUCCUGAUCGACCCACAUCGAUCAUCGAGCCCCGGCCCGCCGGCUUUCGUUUGUUGAGCACUGGAGAGAUCAAGCGGCGGGAGUACAUCGGCCUGCCGGAGACAACAUUCACACAUGUACAUGUAUACGUACAUAGAGAGAGAUACCAGAUAUGGAGGUGCAUGAGAGGCAGUCAGUAGGUGAUUACUGAUUAGUCAGUUACCGGUGAGAGCAGGUAUAGCACAGGCCAAGAUUUGAUUGAUCCUUUUUGUAUUGAUUGGUAUCAGGUCGCCUGAUGAAACCAGUAGGCUUUUGGAUAUAUUUUUUCUAGGAUUAAAGGGAUUUAUGUUGUAAGACAACAUCAAAUGAGAAGUUAGGGAAUCUUCAA